AUGGAUGAAAGCAAAAGCGAUGUCACUUCAAAUUGCCAAACGUUUGUUAACCUCCGAGCGCAAGGAACUGCUUAUGAGGAAUACAAAAAAUUGUAUGACGAAAUAGAUGAGGAUUACUUGAAGAAUGUUAAGAGAGUGAUUGUGUUUGGCUCUGGACCAGGACUCAGUGAGAUAACAUUUCUGAAAAAAUUGGUGAAAAAUUUGACAUCCCUGACGGUGGUUGAGAAAGACGAAGAGUGCUUGGAGUUGUUGAAGAUGAAUGUUAAAAACUAUCUUUCGGAUGAAAUCAACUUCAGUCACUAUUUGACUACGGCUCAAAACUGGCAAGGUUCCAGUGAGAAUGAUGACAAAGCUGAUCUCAUCCUUAUUUUUCAUUUUUUAUACUUUCUGGAAGAAACUGAUCGGAAGACAUUUUACAGAAAUUGUUUUAUGAACUGGUUAAAACAGAACGGGAAAAUGUUCAUAAAGCUCCACAAAGACAUGCACGACACUGACAAUUCUUAUUUCCUGUACAACAUCUACAGAAAAACUGGUAGGAAGUUAUACGUAGAAUCGCACACGGUGAAGAAAGAGCUGGAAGAAAAAGGCUACAUGAUUGAGAAGACCUACCACUACAAAUGUUUCUACGACCUCAACGCUUCCAUCAACUCAAUUGCUAAACUCGCCAUCAUCCACGCAGACCCGCCGUAUGAAGAUGAUACAAUCGUCUGGAGAACGUUGAGGAAGUUGUAUGGGGGACAGGGAAAGAUUUGCACCACGGGAGAACUUUUCAGCGUAACAAACAAAUGUUAA